UUCGACACUAGCCGGCGGUAUUCAGUCACACAGUCACACAAGUGGAAUAUGGCUAACACUGAUAACAUAAAUGAAUGUAUGACAAACGACGGUUUGAAUGGGAAAUCGAGCUCAGGAGAAAGUCUUAAAUUUGUAAAGAAGCUGUACAUACACGGAGGAAACAUUUCCAAUUGGAAUAGAAUCAAAAGGAAAACCACCCCAAGUUCUGCGGAUGAACUUUCAGAGAGCAUUGGAACAACGUUGAACAGUUUGCUUCCCACAAACAACAAUGAUCAAGAAUUUGUUCCACAAAAGGCCUUAAGAUGUAUAAACAAAAAAUUUGUGGAGAAAAUAGAACGAGGAGAAAGGGAACAUCUCAAAAUUUCAGUGAAGAUAUUUGCCAUUGAACUAAACCCUGCCUUUGUCCAAGAUGCAUUAUUUAGAGCCAUGUGUGAAUUGGGAAUUGAUUUUGUGGAAACAUUGAUUUUGGCAUUGCCUGAAAUUCCAGAUGAUGAGCAGCUCUCAACUCUAAAAGGUUUCUGGGAGGAAAUGGAGGUUUUGAUGGACAGUGGAUAUGUGCGCAGUCUGGGUGUCUGUGACUUGGACAAGAAUGCACUGGAAAAACUUUAUGAAUGGGCAAGGAUCAAACCUGAAAUCAAUCAAGUUAAUCUUGCUUCAUGUUGUGUCAUGCCAAAGGAGCUUGUAGACUUUAGUGAUAAACAUGACAUCCAGCUCCUGACACAUGCUGAUCCAAAAGAUAUCCUGACCAAGGGGAGACUCGAAGAGGUGCUGAGAGAGAGCUACGAAAAUGUACCGGUCCAAGGAUGGAGACCUGCGUGGGCUCUGAGGUAUUCAGUGCUGGUUAAAUGUCGUGGAGUUAUAAAGAACAAAGGGUACAUAGUCUUCUGCGAACAGGAUUAAAUGGUCUUCAAUUAGAUGUAAAACUUCCAAAAAAGCGCUGACUGCAGAAUAUAAAUGCUCUUCUCAGGCCCUCUUGUCUUCUGUAGAAUGUACUAAGCGUUCACUUGAUGCUCUGUAGAACGCGAAUAAUGGCUUUUUAUUACGUGAAUUCAGAUUGACAUUUCGAGAUCUGCUUGCGGAUUUAAAACAUUCAAACCUCCUCGCUUCAUUUCAGAACUGGCGGACAACUUUCGGAAGUUUAUUGUUUCUUUAUUUGUUGUAAAAAUUUAAGUGGUGGGGAAAGAGGGAGGGAAUACAUGUAAGGAAAUUUUGAUACAUGUAAGUGACGUUCUUGAGAACAUUUGGAUUGAGCAAACUUUUCUAAGUGGUUUCAAGUACAUUCUAGCUGGGUAACCGCGAUCCGUGGAUUUUUAACUCUACAAGAAAUGAGGUGUUUUGCUUAUGGAGAAAGUUCAGAUGAACUGUUUAAGGGUUUUUUUUUAAUUAUCGACAAACAGUGAUGGGCUCCUGUCGACAAACUAAUGCAGUAAGCGUAAAACCAAGAUGUGAAUAAUAAGAACGAUACAUAAAAAGAUACUUGUGUUUGUAAAUAUACGUUUUGCGCUGAAAGGAGUUGGUUUGCUUUGUUUUUAACCUAUCCACUGAACGCCAAUUCCCAUAUGAACAAUUCGAGUUAUUUUUCUUUCGUUUCAUUAUCUUGUUGCCACGAUACGCAAGGCUGCAUGCAGAAUUAAUUCAAACGUUGAUCAGACCCUUUGUGCUUCGAAAGGGUAUUCAAUAAAUAUGAAAAAGGAAACUGA